GAUACCGUUGCUUAGCAACAGAGGAGAGGAUGGAGGAGAGCCGCGGCACUUCAUCAGAGCAUGGACAAACUACAGAAGAUGGUGAUAAAGAGCUGCUUGCAACUGACAAAGGGGAUGCCCAGCUGGAAGACCCAAGUGGUUCAAAUCAAGAAGAUGGAGUGGCCAUAGCAGCACCCCAGCCAGAAGGUAGUAAUGCUGAGGAAGAAGGGACAGAAGGUGCUCCUACGGUUCCUACGGCUACCAUUGAAGAAGGGGCAGAAGGUGGCCCUACAGCUGCUGUGGAGGAGGGGGCCGAAGUUGCUCCUAUGGCUUCCAUUGAAGAAGGGGCAGAAGGUGGCCCUACAGCUGCUGUGGAGGAGGGCACAGAAGGUGCUCUUGUGGAUACCAUUGAAGAAGGAGCAGGUGGCCCUACAGCUGCUGUGGAGGAGGGGGCAGAAGGUGCUCCUAUGGGUGCCACUGAAGAAGGUGGCCCUAUAUCUGUCAUGGAGGAAGGGGCAAAGGGUGAUUUUACAGCUGUUACAGAAGAAGAUGCCGGCAGUGUUCCUUCAGCUGCUGUGAGGGAAGAGGCAGAAGGUGCUCUUGCAACUGCUGUGGAGGAAGAGGCAGAAGGUGCUCCUCUGGCUGCCAUGGAGGAAGAGGCAGAAGUUAUUUCUAUGAUAGUUAAGGAGGAAGGGGCAGAGGGUACUCCUACAGUUGGCAUGGAAGAAGCAGCAGAAGUUGCUCCUACAGCAGUCAUGGAGGAAAGACUUCUAACAGAGAUGGGUGAGCUAAGCAUCACAGAGACAGGCAUUCCUGAACCCACAGAGCCUGCCUUUGCAGAGGAAUACCGGGUUUCCUCUGAGAGGGCUGCCAUGGCCAGAAAUCCUUCCAGGUUGUAUGGUGAGGAACGCAUAGUGAUUUCUUCUCCAUCUUCAGCAGCCAGCAGCCCGAGAUUUGAUUUAUCCCAGUCAGUGGAGGUUCGAAAGAAGCCAGCUGCCUUCCCCUCCUAUUCUGAAUCUUCACUUCAGCUGAUGGCUAUGCCGUUCGGUAGACGUGGCCCCUUGGAAGAGAGUGAGGAUCAAUUGUUGCAUUGGACUGAGAGGGAGACUGAAGGAAGUGAAGAGACAGAGGAGGAAACGCAGCUGGUGGUGCUGGAUCCUGAACAUCCUUUGAUGAAAAGGUUCCAAACUGCCUUGAAGACCUACCUCAGUAAACAGAUCGGAAAGCUGACGGAGGAGCUUCGUGAGAUGGCAGUUCUCACAAAGAGCAAGACAAAAGAGAGAGAGGAACUUGGUGUGAUUCUGUAUGGAGUGCAGCAACAGUUGGCCCAGCUGCAAAUGGACUUGGAAAAGAAUCACAAUUACCAUACUCAGGUCUCCAUGGCCCACCGGCAGCUAGAGGAAGAGUUGCAAGACCUGAGGAAUACGUAUAAGAAGACAUGCCAAAGCAGUGACGAUGAACGCAAGAAAGUUUCAAGUAUGCAGGCAGAGAUGGAGAAUCUGUCUCUGCACCUUUUCUAUAUGCAAAACAUGGACAAAGAUGUGCGUGAUGAUAUUGCUGUGAUGAGGCGAACCGUGAAGAAGGCCGAGGUGGAGCGGAUGCGAGCAGAGGUGGAAAAGCAAAAACAGGACCUUCACGUUGACCGCUUAACAAGGACAGCCAAUGAGUUGCAAGAGCAGAUCGCUUUGUACGAAGCACAACACAUAGCCCAGGCUGAAGACACAAAAAUCACACGGCAAGAUGUGGCGGAGGCAUGUACGGAAAUACAAUCUAUAAACCUGGAGAAGAAGCAGUUGCUGCAUCAGUGGACUGUCAGCUUGACUGGAAUGAAGCGGCGUGAUGAGGCAUAUGCUGCCAUGCAGGAAGCGCUAAGAGAAACCAGGCACAAGCUCAAGUCUUUAGAGAUUGAGAUUGAAGUCUACAAGAAGUCCAUCUCCAAGGAAGAAGAGAGGAAUGAGCUGUUGGCAUCUAUCUUGAGCCGCUCUGAGAAUGAUGGGAGCACAAGCAGGAAAUUGAUAGCUCAGAGCAUAGCUAAACAGGACACCUUGAAAGUGGAAUUUGGCACCUACACUCGAACCCUUCAAGAGACGGAGCAAGCCCUCAAUCGGACCAAUACAGAUCGAACUGCUCGCUUGAAUGACUUGGUUACCCUUCGUAGAGAGCUUGAGAAGGGAUCGCAAAUCAAGCAGGAUCUGGAGACUGAAAUCAUGGUCAAGCUGCAGGACCAGCUGAUGUCUAACAAAGCAGCAAGAUACUUUCUACAACUGUCUGAUAAACUUCAAAACAGAAUGAUGGAUUUGGAUAUACAGUUUGCCAAAGUAGAGAAUGAUGCAGCCCAAAUUUCACUGGAUAUAACAAACACCAAUUGCAGUCUGAAUACACUUCAGAAGACCCUUGCAGAGCUGGACAAGGAGAUGGAUGAAAUGAAUGGGCAGGUCAACCACAGCGAGUCUGAGAUCGCCAGGCGUAACCUCUUGAUUGGGCGCAAGCAAGGAAUAAUCAACCUGUACAACAAGAAGCUGGAAAUUAUGAUUUCACAGCUGGGGGGACAAGAGUUGGGACCUCUGGAACUUGAAAUCAAGAAGCUGGGCAAGCAGAUAGAUGAAAUGGACAUGGAAAUAGUGAAGAUGCAGAGGUUUUGGUUGGACCGGCAGAAGGAAUUAGUGAAGCUAAGUAAAGAACGAGAAGAGCAGCUGGCAUCCCUGGACAUGCUGAAGAAAGAGAUCACAAUCAAGGAACAAAAGAAAGUGCGCACAGAAAAUGAAAUCCAGCAGGAGAAAAAUGAACUCAAGGACAUCGAGCGCCACAUGAAGAACAUGGCCAAUGAUUUGGAGAAACUACAUUUGUUGAUCUAUAAGAACAGUGCAAACUCAGAGGAGUUACAGCAGGGCAACACUAUUAUGGAGAAUGAAUUUGUGCUUGCACUCAAGGGAGCUGAGAGGGAAUCGAUUGAAUGGCAAGAGAAGCUCGACCGACUGCAUGAGGAAAAAGAGAGACUCGUCAGCAGCUUGGUGGAGACAGAGUGUCAGAUGAUGCAAUGGGAGAAGAAGAUACAGAUCGCCAAAGAGAUGCGUGCUGCAGUGGCCUCUGAGACUGGGAUGGGUGAAAUCCAGGCCAUGAAAUCAGAAAUUCACAGGAUGCAGGUAAGGCAUGACCAGCUGAAAAAGCUACAGGAGAAGAUGAUACGAGAUAUGGAGGCAGCUGUUGCCCGUCGAGAGACCAUUUUGAGUCAUAGUGAGGACCAGAACAAAAUGAAUAAAAAAGUACUCACGAAAGGCGAAUUCCAUUACAAGAAGCUGGAGUUGAAGAAAAAAAUCAAAGAGAUCCAGAAGAAUGCCGAGGACUGCAACAGCAUUAUAACUCAGCUUGAUGAUACUCAGAAAAACAUCAGCAAUGCUCUUCUGGAGAAGCAGAAACUGAUUUCCAGCUUGAAUGUUGAAAAUGAUGAGUUGGAUAUAAAAAUUGAUCACCUGCAGGAAAAAAAACUGCACAACCUUACAGAGAUUGUGGCCAAUCAAGGACGCCUGAAGCACAUGCAGUCAGUGAAGGAAGGGAAAUACCACUCACUGUGCCGCACCGAGCUGAUGAUACGGAUUGAACGGCAGAAGCUGGAGACGCGACUACAUACCAUUAACGUCAUCAUCCAUCAAAUCCUGCAGGAGUGUCCUCAGUACCACAAGUUUUUGCAAAGACUCAGCCAAGCUUUGCAUUCCAGGCUGGGGACGCAAACAGUGUAGCAGAGGGCAGAGAAUCAGAGCUGGAACUUUUUCAUUUUGGAAAAGUUACAAAUAAAAUACAUUUGAGAAUGAG